AUGGAUAAAGGAAAAAACGAGAUUAAAAAAGAAUUAUUAAAAGCCAAAAAAAAUGUAAGUCUAAGUGCCUUUAGUAUAUUAUUUUGUGAAAUAGUUCAAUAUUGUUUAUACAAAAGUAAAAAGGGAUAUAGAAUAGAGGAUUGUUUACAUGAAAUGGGAAUACGUGUAGGUUAUAAAUUAAAUGAGUAUUUAUGCUAUCGAAAUAAAGCAAAAAGAAGUAUAAAUAUAUUAAAUAUUUUAACAUUUAUUUCAAAACAUUUAUGGAAAUAUUUAUUUGACUAUUCAUCAGAUUUACUUAAAUCUCAAGAUAGUAUAUAUGAAUAUAUGAUUUGUGAUCAAAACAUUUUAUUAAAUAAAUUUAUAACAGUACCAAAGGAUUAUGGUAAUAUAAAUUGCGCAUCAUUUGCUGCUGGUAUUGUUGAGGGUUUUCUUUGUAGUUCUGAAUUUCAAGCUGAAGUUACUGCACAUACUGUAAAUAAAAAUGACAAAACUGAAAAUACAACUAUUUUUAUAAAAUUUUAUCCUGAAGUAAUUGAACGUGAAAAAAAUAACUAA